ACCUUUCCAUUUAUUUAUUUUUGAAAAAAUGUUAAACUUCGUGGUACAAACCCUGGCUUCAACACUUGGACCGCUAUAUUAAGCUAAUACAAUUAUUGCCCACAUAACUCCCAACAAGUUUGUUGCCAGAAUUAUAGCACAAAUAAAGCUGCUUCAAAAGCUUUAAAAAAAUAAAAAACUGAAUGCACGAUCCUUCCAAUUCUCCAUAUAUCCUAGGCACAUCAUACCCCAAAAAAAAAAAUUAAACUAAUAAAUGAUUUAUGAUUGGGUAGGAAUAAAGAAUGUGAGGAAUUUAAAUCCAAAAAGUCUACAAAUUCAAAGACAUGAGAACCUAAAUGCCAACGUGAGGAGAUGUAAUAAGAGUUGUGCAAAUGGACAAUUCAUUAACCGUUUUCUUUUCCCUCUUCACAAAGAGUGAAUCACAAGAGUCUUUUCUUACCUUAUUUUUCUCUCUUCCACUUCUCUGUCUUUCUCUCUCCUUUCUCUGCCAUUCCCCUUAGAGAACAAACAAGAACAAAACAUUAGGAAAGAAAAAAAAUAAAGAAAAAAAGGCAACCCGAGUUUCUUUGUUAUGCAGUCUUUCAUUUGAUGAUAUUCCAUUGAUUUUUCAUCUUGGAAAUGUGCUACAAUGGACCGGAGGACGUUAACGAUGAACUGGGAUGGUCUUGGAGAAGAUGAUGAUGACGACAACUUCUUUGAGUCCCGUGACCGGCUUUCCACAGCCAUUCCCCUUGACUUGGGAUCCUCAGGAUCAGACGACGACGAUGAAUUUGAGGACAGCCGCCUCUCCUUUGUCUCGACCCUUUCCUCAGCCUCCAUCAAGAAAUUCCAAGGAAUUGAGAUUGAGUCAGUUUCUGAUUCUUUUAGCAGCGCGGACUAUGGCAUGUGGAUGGCUGAACCUGGGGAUAUCAAGGAACGUCGCAAGCGUCUCUUGCAAGGCAUGGGGUUGUCCAGCAAUAAGGACCUCCUCAAGCUCAAAAGUGCCAAGAUUGUACGUGCCAUUUCAAGAAAAGUGGAGAAAUUUCAAGAUUCCAAACCACCAAAGGUUGAUUCUUCUCCUGCAAAAGAAUUAAAAUUUUCCCAAGAACAGCAACCUUCAGCUUCACAGCCAAUUGCGCUGGUUAGGUCGAGAUCAGAUGGGGAUAUACAAUAUUUUUCUGUAAAUACCAAGAAAAGGAAAGAAGAGCUAAUUGGUGACAUCUCUAAACAACGUCUCACCAGGACCUUUUCAGGUGUUUUGGCACCAAGUAUAGGAGUAUUCCAAUUAGCUGGUUCCGUUAGAAUGUCGCCAAAAAAGAACAGAAAUGGGUCGUUAAUGCAAAAUGGCAGUGAUAUGUCAUCCACAUUGUCCUAUGGGAGUGCCGAUGUGGGCUUUGCUUCGUUCUUCUUGAUAAAGAACUUGGACACUGGAAAGGAGUUCAUUGUCAAAGAGUCCAAUGAACAGGGAAUGUGGAAUAAACUCAGUGAUAUUCAAACAGGAAAGCAGCUUACCAUGGAUGAAUUUGAGAAACAUGUGGGAUAUUCUCCUGUUGUCAAGGAAUUGAUGCGCCGGGUAAAUGGAUCAAGAAAUCAUGAUGACGAGAGGAAACUAAGCCCAAAUUCAUAUCUUAGUAAGAGAUUCAGAAAUAGCAAGAGAAGGGGAGUUGCUCUUUUGAAGAACAUAAAAGGAGUAGCACAUAGUAUGAGUGGAAAAAUUAUUGAUAAAGAACGAGAGCAACCUGUGCCUGAGGAACAGCAAAAACCAAAUAAGAACUCCUCCAAAUGGAUUAAAGUCCGCCAGCAUGGAAAGUCAUGCAAAGAAUUCACAGCUUUGCACUUAUGCCAGGAAAUCCGUGCUCACGAGGGUUCAAUAUGGACCAUAAGAUUCAGCUCGGAUGCACAUUAUUUAGCAACUGCAGGAGAAGAUACAUUAAUUCAUAUAUGGGAAGUGCAAGAAUGUGAAGUUAUGAACAACCUUGCAAGUGCCUCACCCGUUCAUCCAACAGCUGGCUCUCCUGUUCAUCCAAUUGCCAGAUCCAAUUCAGACCGGCCUCCUAUGCCGGAGACAGGAUAUAUGACAUCAGAAAGAAGGAAGAAGGGGAAGGUCUCCCAUAAGAAAAAGGGCAACUCAAUUCCGGAAUAUGUCAAUGUACCAGAAACUGUUUUUUCUCUUUCGGAGAAACCAAUAUGCACUCUUAAAGGUCACCAGGAUGAUGUCUUGGACUUGUCUUGGUCAAGAUCUCAGCUACUGCUUUCAUCCUCGAUAGACAAGACUGUCAGGCUAUGGGAUGUUGAAACACAGACUUGCUUAAAAAUGUUUGCACACAAUGACUAUGUAACUUGCAUACAGAUCAAUCCAAUGGAUGAUGACUACUUCAUCAGUGGUUCUCUGGAUGCAAAGGUUCGGAUUUGGAAUAUACCUGAUCGGAAAGUUGUAGAUUGGAGUGAUCUUCAUGAAAUGGUCACUGCUACUUGCUUCACCCCUGAUGGCCAGGGUGCUUUAAUAGGCUCACAUAAAGGCAGCUGUCGUAUGUACACUACCUCUGAAUGCAAACUGGAACAAAAAGACAAUAUUGAAAUUCAACCUAAGAAGAAUUCUCAACUCAAGAAGGUCACCGGUUUACAGUUUGCCCCAUGGAAUCCAGCAGAAGUGCUUAUAACUUCAGCCGAUUCUCGUAUCAGGAUUUUUGACGGGUCACAGAUGAUCUAUAAGUUUAGAGCAUCAGGUUUCCGUAAUACAAGCAGCCAAAUUGCAGCUUCGUUUAGUUCAGAUGGGAAGUAUGUCAUAAGUGCAAGCGAAGACUCUCAUGUCUACAUCUGGAAGAGAGAAGAACCUAAGAGCCCCAGUGGUAAACCUAGAACUUCAAUCUCAGUUCAAGCUCACGAGCGCUUUCAAUGUAAAGAUGUUUCAGUUGCCAUCCCAUGGCCAGGUAGUGUAAAGAAUGAGGCACCACUUGUAGAGAUGCACUCGAAAAGGCAUUCGAAACGUUUCCUCCCACCCCAGUAUCCCACUGUUGGUUCUCCUACAAAAGAGAGCUCGGAUGUGGCAAAUAGUAAAAGGCAUUUGCCACCUCUAAAUGUAGCACGCAACAAAAGUAAUGCAUUAGAGAGAGACCAAAGCAGUCGGGAAGAGGAAGACUUAGCUCAAAUCUCUCGGACAGAUUCUGGUAUUGGUCCCGGAGAAUCAUUUGCAUCAGGUUCUUCAUCAACUAGGUUUGGUGAUUCACCUUCUAUAUCUGCGUGCAGCAGCUCCCGAUCACAGUCUUGGUCCUCCUCUUGGACUCAGGAUGGUAAUAACAGCCACGGUAACAAUGUUAUCCAAGCAACAGCAUGGGGCAUGGUAAUUGUGACAGCAAGUUUGGGAGGAGAGAUCAGGGUCUAUCAAAAUUUCGGGCUACCUCUGAAAGCUAGUCGUCAGACGAAUCUCUUUAGAGACCUAACAUAAAUUGUUGUUAGGAAGCAAAUCGAUUAUAUUCUGUACUUGGGCUUUGAAUUUUUUAUAUAAUACUUAGUUGUUUUAAGACCUAGCCGAGCUCAAGUUAGACCGAACAGGGCAGAAGCCAUCAGCUUCUAUCUGUUGAUAAGUAAAUGCAGAAACAGGUAAUUUUUUCUUUUAAUACCUUCUACAUUAGGAAGACCGAGUAGAGAUCACAUUGUUCAAUGUUCCAACAAAUUGAGAAUUUUAACUUGCAUUUUGCA